AUGAGGCUGGUGGCCAUGUGGGAUUCAUCCUGGAGCCUGUGUUGUCGAUGUACCAAAGGAGUACCUCGAAGCGAUUGCAAUAGGGGGACAGGUACGAAAUUGUGGCGGAGCGAAGCGGCACAAAUGUGGUACAAUUACGGCUUGAUUGGUUAUUCGAGCGCGUUCGAGAACUUGACGGGUACCAGUUUACCCCACAAACUCCGGUCAUCCCUUUUCAUUGGGCAAAAGCUCCAGGUAGCGCAAGUCGUGGCGAGAUGUCUCAUGGGGUUGCGACAAGUACCCAUUUCGUAG